CCUAAACUUCAAAAAGUCAUUGCAAAGAAAGGUGCACGUCAGGUUCAUCGUGUUUCGUAUGGCAGCAAUCAUGAACACAUCUCCGUAUGCCCAACUAUUUCAGCUGCCGGAACAUACAUACCUUCAUUAAUAAUAUACAAGGGAAAGCGGAUGAUCUCAGGCCUUUUAGACGGCACUCCUGCUGGCACUGUUAUGGGGUUUACCGAUACGGGGUAUAUGCAAAAGAGCCUAUUUAGAAAAUACAUAGAGCAUUUUGUUAAUUCUAUUCCUCCUAUUCACUCUGUUUUACUAAUCCUUGAUGAACACAAGAGUCACGUCAAUUAUACUUGUGUCAAUUUCUGUUAUAAAAAUAAUAUACUUCUCUACACCCUUCCACUACAUACUACCCACAUCUUACAACUUGCGGAAUUACCAUUUGCUCAACUCAAAAAAAUAUAUGACGGCGAAU